AUGCUAGUAUCUUUUACAAUAUUCAACAAAGGAGGUAUGAUUCUUUACCAGCAUUCUGACAAAGACACACAAGACCAAUCUCAAUCCUCCAUAUCCGAUUCCAUCAACACAUUCUUGAGUGAGGUUUACUUGAAUCCUACAAGAUCAAGGACGGAUCGCAAAGCAUCGAUUGAUGGACAUCCAACCAAUAUGAUUAUUGAAUGGGAGGAAACCUCCGAAUUGAUUGCUUUGGCAUUGUAUCCUGAUAUUCGACGAGAAGACUUUCCAUGGAUUCAAUCCUUGUUGGCAGCAUCGCUCUCUGAGUUUCAGCUUUUCUGUCAAGCUCAAGAACAAAAACGUCUUCAAGAAGAAAAAACAGAAGAAGAAAUUCCCAUGGACGAGAGCUAUCCCGAAAAUAUGGGCUUGUUUGAUGCUGCCUUUCGCGUCUUGUUCAAACAACACAAAUCAAAUCCGUCUGCUCCUACCCGGAAUAAGACUUCGAAUCAAAAGCAGCAGCAACAACAGCAGCAGCAAUCGAAGAAAGGAGGGAAAGAAAAACGACACUGGCACGAUGGUAAAGCCAAAGUUACCAAAGAAGCAAUGGCAGAGCUGGAUCGAAGUAAGACUACUAGUGCUUCAGAUGAUAAUGUCAAUGAUGCCGACAGGGAUGCUGUGGCCCUGGCGGAAGCCAGAGCUGCCUAUCUUCCUACGGACGCCGACUUGGCCGAAUUUGAAAUUGUUCCAACAAGUACCCUAGAUGACGAUGCGGACGAUGAAUCAGAAAACUCGUGGGGUGGUUCGCUGAAGGGGCUCUUUCAACAGGUUACAGGACAAAAGGUCCUCUCCAAACAAGACUUGCAAGCACCUAUCCAAGAGAUCCAAAAGAUGCUCACAAGCAAGAAUGUUGCGUCCGAUAUUGCCGAACAAGUCUGCCAAAGCAUGGAAGACUCUCUAGUCGGAAAGAAGCUCAAUUCAAUGUAUCGCGUCAAGACUGCUGUUCGACAAGCACUGGAAAAGUCCAUCAACAAGCUCCUUUUGCCCAGUGCGCAAUUGGACUUGCUACGAAGAGUUGUCUCCAAGAGAGAUUCCUUGUUUGGAAAGCGACGGCCUUACGUCAUUGUCGUGUGCGGCAUCAAUGGAGUUGGGAAGUCCACCUCCUUGGCCAAGAUUGCCUACUUUCUCAAGACCAAUGGCUGCAAUCCGCUACUUGCAGCUUGCGAUACCUUUCGAAGCGGUGCAGUGGAACAAUUGAGUGUGCACGCGAAAUGCUUGGAAGUCCCCAUUUUCCACAAGGGAUAUUCCAAGGAUCCUAGUAGUGUUGCCAAGGCUGCCAUUGAACAAGCCACGCAGGACAAUAACGAUGUAGUAUUGGUCGAUACUGCUGGUAGAAUGCAAAACAAUGUACCCUUGAUGAAAGCUUUGGGCAAAUUAGCCAACGAGAACCAACCGGAUUUGACAGUCUUUGUGGGAGAAGCUCUAGUUGGAAAUGAUGGAAUCGAUCAGGUUAGAAUGUUCAGCCAAGCUGUAUCCAGCGUGAACCGGAACCAAAAGGUCAAUGCCAUUUUGCUGACCAAAUUCGAUACCGUCUCGGACAAGGUAGGAGCUGCCUUGACCAUGACCCACGCUACCAAUGCUCCUAUUUUGUUUGUGGGUACGGGUCAAAAAUACCAUCACUUGCAAAAGCUUUCUACACAAUCUGUGAUACAGUCACUCUUCAAAUAA